UUCGUGCAGGUGCGCUGUGGUUGGAGGAGUCGCUGACCAAUGUGCGGCGCGGCUGGCAUUUCGCGGGAGAAUUAUUUGCAGGUUGGCCUUGUUUCGCGGGAGAUUGUUGUGAGGAGAGAAGCGGACUGUACCGGUUCUUAUCUAACGUCCGUACACCGAUCAUGUCUCUCUUCCAGAGUCUGCAGCACCGGGCCCUCUGGACGGACCGAGCGUCGCAGAAGUACCCUCUCCAGAGUUUGCUACCAGGCUUCCAGUGUGUCAGACAGGAUGAACAUACUUCUUAUGGUCAGGUUGGGAUACCAGUACCACCAUUUGGCUGCUCGUUCAGUGCAGCUGCGGAUUUAAAGCAUGUGCUUGCAGUGGCCAAUGAGGAAGGCAUAGUCAAGUUGUAUGACACAGAAUGUCGGAACACAGAGAGACAAAUCCUGAAAGAUUGGCAAGCACACAGUAAUGCAGUCUUUGACCUUGCCUGGGUCCCAGGAGAGCACAAAUUGGUUACAGCUUCAGGAGACCAGACAGCUAAGCUGUAUGACGUUAAGGCCGGAGAGCUGAUUGGUGAAUUUAGAGGCCACCAGUGCAGCCUCAAGUCUGUUUCUUUCUCCAAGUUUGAAAAAGCUGUGUUCACCACUGGAGGUCGGGAUGGAAAUGUCAUGGUCUGGGAUACCCGAUGCACCAAGAAAGAUGGUUUCUAUAGGCAAGUGAACCAGAUCACAGGAGCUCACAAUGCACCAGAUAAACAAACCCCACUGAAGAUGAUGAAGAAGAAGAAACCUGCUGUCAAAGGACUUGCCCCAUCUGUGGAUUCCCAACAGAGUGUGACUGUGGUCCUCUUUCAGGACGAACACACGAUCAUAUCAGCAGGAGCUGUUGAUGGUAUUAUCAAAAUGUGGGAUUUGAGAAAGAAUUACACUGCUUACCGACAGGAUCCAAUACCAGCAAAAGCCUUUCCAUAUCCUGGGAGCAGUACACGGAAACUUGGUUAUUCCAGUCUGGUUCUGGAUUCCACGGGAACUAACUUAUUUGCCAGCUGCACUGAUGAUAACAUUUAUAUGUUUAAUGUCGCUGGAUUGAAGAAGGAUCCUGUGUCGGUCUUCAGUGGUCACCUGAACUCCACCUUCUACAUAAAGUCCAGUCUCAGCCCUGAUGGCCAGUUCCUGCUCAGUGGCUCUAGUGACCACAGUGCUUACAUUUGGCAGGUGUCGGCUCCUCUGGCUCCGCCGAUCAUGCUCCAGGGGCACAGUCAAGAGGUCACUUCUGUUACGUGGUGUACAGCUGACUUCACCAAGAUUGUUACAUGCUCUGAUGACAAUGCUGUGAGGGUUUGGCGGUUGAAGAGAAGCUGCAGCAAGAACGGAGAGCAACAAGUAAACUCUGUUGGCUGGACACGUCAGAAGAGCAAUAGUACUCCUAUAGGCUCAAGAAUAUGUACACCUGCUAAAUCAACCCCGGAGCAAAACCCCAGCUUGAUGGCUUCUCCUACUCCAGCCACCUGUGCGCCAAGUUACACUGGGGACCUCCCGAUGUCAUCCGGCACCCCAACUUCUCCUUUCACAACAACAAUUCCUAAAUUCCACACGCCAACAAGGCAGAAGGCCGAAGCUUCCACUUCAUCUCCUAAACCGAUGUCCGCUUCUAAGGCAUCCAUUAAGGCCUGGGUCACGUGUACUCCGAGGUCAGAUAUGAAGACUCCAUCUCCUCGAAAGGCCUUUACCCCUGUAGAGCAGUACCCAACAGAUUCUAGUUCUAGGAUGUCCCCUGUGUAUGAGAAGAAGGCUAAGAGACGUCUAGAUACCAGCAGUGAUAAAGCAGAACAUGAGUGUUUUAGUGACUGUAACUGUGUGACCGAGCUGGAACCCGGGAGAAAGAAGGCCAAGCAUGACCCGGGCUCCCUGGAGGACAAUGCAAAUGACGAUAGCAGUUGUCUAAGUCUGGCUGAUCUCGGCAAGGGACAUGAAGAGAGCUCUGCUUCCCAACUCCCUACAGAGGCCCCUGGAACACGGUCCCCCGUUGGGACAUCCUGUCAUUUGAGGCACAACAAAGAGAACAGCACUCCAGAGAAGAAUUGGCUUUCUGCGUUUGGACACAAACUGAAAUCUGACAAGUCCGUAAACCAAAACCUUACCAGUCGCCCAUCACCAAGGAGUGGGAGUGCCAAAAAGGCCCCACCAAGGACUAUAACCAGUUCCCCUGUAUCUGUUCCUGUCACACCAGGAUCCAUAAAAAAGAUUUCAACAUAUUUCUGUAAAAAGUCUUCAGAGUAAAGCAGCAGAUCCGGAAGAAAAUUUUAAUUUCCUCAUAAAGCAUUUCAGCAAACCUAGUUCAGCUGAUCUUGGUGUAUCACAAGGUCAUGGACUAUAUAGUUUGUUCUAUGUAAGCUACUGUACAAUGGAGUAUUUUUACAUGCUGCUACCUGAUGCAUCCUGGAUCCUUCCCAGAAUCCUCCUUGCUCUUCUGUUGUACAGCUGAACUGCAGUUUAAUGUGCCCACUUGUCCGCUACCCUUCCCUGCUUUCCAAGGUUCCUAAAUGGGUGAAAUGUAUUUCCCACACUGACAGGUAUUGUGUUCUAAUGAAACCUCUGCUGGGAACCUAAAAUGAUCACUUUUAGCUGUUGCUGUUGUCUUCCUUGCUAAAGUGAUGUAUUUACAUUUACAAUUUAAGAAUUUUUUUAUUUUGAGGAAAUGUAUAAUAUACCUGGCAUAAAAGGGGACCUGUUGUGAUAGGAAUAUGGAAGCGACUAUGGCUGGUAUAUUGUAAGGGUGGUAAAACGAAGGUUGUCAUCCUCCAUUCUUGCUUACCUACUUUGACACAAACGGAAUGUAAGAUAUGGAACUUGCACUUUCAAAAACGAGUUGUCAGGCUUUUAUUUGCAUUAAACUGCUUCUUUCCCCUUACAAAUCAGUAGGAAUGCAAGGGCAGGUUGAUGCAGCAUUUUGGUCAAAUGCACCUGUGAAUAAACUUUUUAAUCUCAGUGUCUGAUAAAUGAGCUAAAACCAGGCUGCUUAUCUGCUCAUUGAUCUAAGGCUCCUUUGUGUGACUUGGGAUCUGACUCGUGAGACCCCAAGGCACAGGAUAUGUGAAAUGUAAUGUAUUUCUAUGAGAGCCGUUCCUCAUGACACUAGAGUAGUCACUGCGACUUCAGAAAAGGUUCCUGCAAUACUUUGGUCUGACUUUUGAUGCGACUUUGGUCCAGAGUGUAAAGUCAGAUCAAAGUUGCACUGCAAAGUCGCACGUCUUUGUCUCGCGUAUGAAAGGAGCCCAAGACCUUAAAUUGCUGCAAAGACCUCAGUCAUGUCGGCAAAUCUUGAGUCGCUUCAGAGCUAUAAGUCGCUUCUGUUGAUGAUCCAGUAAUCCGGAGGAGGGAAGUUCCUUAAAUGUAGCACUUUAUUUUCCUAGCUUCUGUUACUAAUGGAUAGUUACCCAUUUGAAACCUGCAUCAGGCAAAAUCAAGGUCAAGUCAAAAGUAAAGAUCUACAUUCUUUCUUCUGGUCAGGGAUUUAAAGUAACAAAAUCACUGGAUCAGCAUCAAUUAGGCCUGUUCACACAGGCUUCAGCUUGUAUAAUAGUGUGAACAGCAAGCUUUGACACUUUACCAUUCAGCUCCAGUUUAUAAAUGUUGGAUACUGAUCCUAAUUGGAGUGCUGACUGUCACUUUAACCAAGCUGCUAGCAGUCUUUCAACAACUUUUCAACAAAGCUUGCUAGAACCUUUUUGAAGGUUGUUAAAAAGCCUGCUAGCAGCUUGUUUAAAGGGGCAAUCGGCACCCCCAUUGGGAUUUACGCUCAACAUGUAUAAACUGGAGCUGAAUGGUACUUUAAAAGCUUCAAUAAAGCUUGCUAUAAACUUUUUGAAGUACCAUUCAGCUCCAGUUUAUAAAUGUUGAGCACUGAGCCUAAAGGGAGUGUUGAUUGCCACUUUAAACAAGCUGCUAGCAGGCAUUCAAGAAGUUUUGAAGCCUGCUAGCAACUUGUUUAAAGAGGCAAUCGGUACCUCCAUCGGGAUCUAUGCUCAACAUUUAUAAACUGGAGCUGAAUGGUACUUUAAAAGCUUCAAUAAAGCUUGCUAUAAACUUUUUGAAGUACCAUUCAGCUCCAGUUUAUACAUGUUGAGCAUAGAUCCCAAUGGAGGUACCGAUUGCCUCUUUAAACAAGUUGCUAGCAGGCUUCAGAACUUCUUGAAAGCCUGCUAGUAGCUUGUUUUAAAGUGGCAAUCAACACUCCCUUUAGGCUCAGUGCUCAACAUUUAUGAACUGGAGCUGAAUGGUACUUUUAAGGCUGGGUUCAAACUAUUGCAAAUAGGAUGUGGGUUCCCCCCUCAUCCAAUUCGCAUGUCAGGAGAUUGUGAACGGCUCGCAAUGGAGCUGCUUCAAACGUCUCCGGAGUGGCUGCGGAGAGCGAAUUGCACAGACCUGUGUGUCUUCUGGUCUGUUUCGGGUCCAGAUUCAGCCCAAAAAUUCGGACUGAAAUCGGACAUGAAACGGUGAACAGGGACACAUCGGAGCCCCUGCUGCGAACUGCUAUGUACAGCAGUGUGACCAGCCUUAAAGCUUGCUGAAAGCUCUGCAAAUACCUUGUCAACACUUGCUGUUCAUACUGCUCUUAUACAAGAUGAAUGCCAUGUGAAAUGAACCUAGGAUCAGGGUCUUGAUAAGUGGAGCAUUACCUUAAUUUAAAAACAGCCAGUGACAUUUCAGUAUGUUAGUCAGGGAAAUCAAUUCCCAUACCAAGUGAUUAGAUUCUCCGAUGGCCGUGUUGACGAAGUUGUAGAGUGGUUGGAUGCAUUGUAUGAUCCAGUGUUGGGACAAGAUCAUCCAGUGCCCUGGGCAAAGAUGACAAAUUGCACCCCCCCCCCCCUUGAUCAUGUGUGAGCUUAUUGGGGGGAGGGGGGGUUGAGCGCACAGCCUGCACCUCCUCCGGCCUCUCUCCUCCUCUUCUCACUGCUUCCAGCGCUGGGCUUACAGACAUAGUGAUGCUGCUGUUGCAACUUCUGUCAGCUUUACAGUAGAAGGAACUUGCACCCUCAUCUCUACAUUAAAUGCUGUGCCCAGGGCAGGCGUCUCUUCUGCCCACUCCUUGUCCCAGCGCUGGUAUAAUCUGACUGCACUUUCUGAUUGCUCUUCCAGCAUUUGCAUCACUCUAUAGACCCGAGUUCAGAUCCUGAUCUGACCAAAACAAAGGUACUUCAGGCUUCUAUUCUAUGUCUAUAGGCAGCCAAAGUGAGAGCUAGAACAAUGGUUUUGGCACACAUAAAGGCCAGUUGUUUUUACCUCUCAUUUGGUUUAAAGGAAACUUGUAUUGAGAGAUAUCUAAUGAUCCAUAUAUCUAAUGAUGUAUGGAUCAUUUACUCAAAAUAUUCAAGUCUGUAGUUUCACAUUGCAGCCAAGCAGCUAGAUUGAAAAGCUCUUAUGUAUUUUUCUCCUUUAAUGGAAAAUUGCUGGCAUAAGCCUCACCUUUCACUAAAACCUGCCAGGAUCGAAGCCUGUGUUCUUGGCUUUACUUGUCACUCCCCCAGUUAAAAUGUUUUAUUGCUGUUUUUACAAGGCCUUUUAAUAUAUGGCCUUCCUGUUUUUAUCCUAAUUUUAGGACUUUGUCAGUUUUAUCAAGUUGCCAAGAUUAUUUAAUGUAGUCUCUGGACACACCAGAUGAAUGUUUAAUAUUUUCCUGUUUUAAUUUCCUAAUGUUAUUAACUGUUGUAAAUACAAAGAUCAUUUUAAAUAC